CCGAACAUCAGGACGGUGUUUUGAAGUUGAAAGAAAAUGGCAAACAGCGUCUUUGUCCCUGCACUGGGCCUGCUGGGAUGUCUCUUCCUCGCCGAGGGUGCAGUUUUUAUAAAUCAGGAAGAAGCAAGCACGGUUUUGCACCGAUACAGGAGAUUCAACACUGGGCGACUUGAGGAAGUGCUCCAAGGAAGCCUGGAACGAGAAUGUAUGGAAGAAGUAUGUAGCUACGAAGAAGCGAGAGAAAUUUUCGAAAACGAUGAGAGAACGAGGACAUUUUGGACAAUCUAUAUUGAUGGAGAUCAAUGCGACCCCAACCCCUGCAAGAAUGGAGGCCGUUGUAAAGAUGACACAAAUGAUUAUACCUGUUGGUGUCCAGGUGGCUUUGAUGGAAAGAGCUGUGAACUCGAUGCUACCUGCAAAACCAAAAAUGGUGGGUGCAAACAGUUUUGCAAGGAUAACGAAGUGGGAAGAGCAGUUUGCUCCUGCUCCGUGGGAUACAGGCUGAAGGAAGACAUGAAAACCUGUGAACCAACAGUGCCCUUUCCCUGUGGAAAGAUCCAAGCUCCAGAAGCCCAAGGUAAAUUCACCCGCUCCAAUCCAUCAAACUCAUUUGAUCACUGGAUCUCCCCAAGCAAUGUGACUGAGGACUGGGAAGAAGGCUACAACCACACUCAGGUUUCCUUUCAUCUGUCGACCGAUAUACGAGUGGUUGGCGGCAUGGAAAGCAAGAAAGGAGAAGUUCCGUGGCAGGUUUAUUUGCUCAAUUCCGAAGGGAAGGGAUUCUGUGGAGGCACCAUCGUCAAUGAAAAGUGGAUUGUCACAGCAGCUCAUUGCCUUGAGUUUCAGCCCAAAAGGAUUGUAGCAGGUGAACACAAUAUCUAUAUUGUGGACAACACCGAACAAUACCGCAACGUGGUGAGAGCCAUCCCUCACCCUACAUACAACACCACUAGCAAGUACCACAAUGACAUCGCCCUCCUUGAGUUGGACACACCUCUGGAGUUCAACCACUACGUCAUCCCCAUUUGCAUUGGGGAGAAAGAGUUCACCAACAGCCUCCUUAAGUUUGGGAAGGGCACCGUGAGUGGAUGGGGGAAACUGGCUUACCAAGGCCGCCAAGCGAGGAUCCUUCAGGUGCUGCAAAUACAGUUCAUUGACCGAUCGACCUGUCUGAGGAGCAGCAGUUAUACCAUCUUGCCAAAUAUGUUCUGUGCAGGCCACCCCAGUGAAGCCAAGGAUACUUGCCAAGGGGACAGCGGUGGUCCAUAUACCACGGACAUUGAAGAAGUAUGGUUUCUGACAGGGAUCACCAGCUGGGGGGAGCAAUGUGCCAAGAAGGAUAAAUAUGGAAUCUACACCCGCGUUUCCAGAUACGUUAAGUGGAUUAGAGAGACCACCAAGCGUACAUAAAUGAAUCAAUCCAA